CGCCGCCCGCCGCGGGAUGCGGAGCGGCGGGCGCCGGAGGCCGCGGCCCGGCUAGGCCCCGUCGCCCGUCCGCGCGCACGCGGCGGCCCGAGCCCGCGCGUGGCCCGCCGGAGGACCGUGAGCGCCCUGGGGAGCCCCGGCCCGCGGGGACGCCGCCACCAUGAGCGACGGGGCCGUCGUGAAGGAGGGCUGGCUGCACAAGCGAGGGGAGUAUAUCAAAACCUGGCGGCCACGCUACUUCCUCCUCAAGAGCGACGGCACCUUCAUCGGCUACAAGGAGCGGCCGCAGGACGUGGAGCAGCGCGAGUCCCCCCUCAACAACUUCUCCGUGGCGCAAUGCCAGCUGAUGAAGACGGAGCGGCCCAGGCCCAACACCUUCAUCAUCCGCUGCCUGCAGUGGACCACGGUCAUCGAGCGCACCUUCCACGUGGAGACGCCCGAGGAGCGGGAGGAGUGGACGACGGCCAUCCAGACGGUGGCGGACGGGCUCAACAGGCAGGAGGAGGAGACCAUGGACUUCCGCUCAGGCUCGCCCAGUGACAACUCGGGGGCCGAGGAGAUGGAGGUGUCCCUGGCCAAGCCCAAGCACCGGGGUGGUAAGCCGACCAUGAACGAGUUCGAGUACCUGAAGCUGCUGGGCAAGGGCACCUUUGGGAAGGUGAUCCUGGUGAAGGAGAAGGCCACGGGCAGGUACUACGCCAUGAAGAUCCUCAAGAAGGAGGUCAUUGUGGCCAAGGACGAGGUGGCGCACACGCUGACCGAGAACCGCGUCCUGCAGAACUCUCGGCACCCUUUCCUCACGGCCCUGAAGUACUCCUUCCAGACCCACGACCGCCUCUGCUUCGUCAUGGAGUACGCCAACGGGGGCGAGCUCUUCUUCCACCUGUCCCGCGAGCGCGUGUUCUCUGAGGACCGGGCCCGCUUCUACGGCGCUGAGAUUGUGUCAGCCCUGGACUACCUGCACUCGGAGAAGAACGUGGUGUAUCGGGACCUCAAGCUGGAGAACCUCAUGCUGGACAAGGACGGGCACAUCAAGAUCACGGACUUCGGGCUGUGCAAAGAGGGCAUCAAGGACGGGGCCACCAUGAAGACCUUCUGUGGGACGCCCGAGUACCUGGCUCCGGAGGUGCUGGAGGACAACGACUACGGCCGGGCGGUGGACUGGUGGGGGCUGGGCGUGGUCAUGUACGAGAUGCUGUGCGGCCGCCUGCCCUUCUACAACCAGGACCACGAGAAGCUCUUCGAGCUCAUCCUCAUGGAGGAGAUCCGCUUCCCGCGCACGCUCGGCCCCGAGGCCCGGUCCCUCCUGGCUGGGCUGCUCAAGAAGGACCCCAAGCAGAGGCUCGGGGGAGGCUCCGAGGACGCCAAGGAGAUCAUGCAGCACCGCUUCUUCGCCAACAUCGUGUGGCAGGACGUGUACGAGAAGAAGCUCAGCCCGCCCUUCAAGCCCCAGGUCACGUCAGAGACAGACACCAGGUAUUUUGACGAGGAGUUCACGGCCCAGAUGAUCACCAUCACGCCACCGGACCAAGAUGACAACAUGGAGACGGUGGACAGCGAGCGGAGGCCCCACUUCCCCCAGUUCUCCUACUCGGCCAGCGGCACAGCCUGAGGGGCCCCGCGCCCCCCGACGGCCUGCAGCGGAGGG